ACGUAUAAUAAUUAGGAACGACGUAGUGUAAUAUCAAUAAUAUUUAAUUCUAUGAGCGUCACAAAAAUAUCAGUCUCAAGUGCUUCAAGCCAACAGAUAGUUCAAAAUGAUGAAGGAGUCGGACAAAUUAGCCAAAAUAGCAAAGACCAUUCCUUUGAUGAUCCUUUGAGUAGGGUACUAGCUUCGAAAGGCAAAAAUAGAGAGCGGAAGUCAGGCAAACAAAGAGCAAGAGAAUUUCGGCAAAGAAAGAAGCAGUACUAUCAGAACUUGGAGAAACAAAAUGCUGAACUUCAGCAGAAAAUCAAGACUUUGACUCAAAACCAAAAUGAGAUGAUGAUACUUCUCAAAAACAACAACAUUGAGAUUCCUCAAAAUGAUGAUCUAGCAAAAGGCCAGCAAUUCAGGCCAGAUCCUACUAAAAUAAACGACUUGGGAAUCACUCAAAGUAAAGACGAUGUAGGUAAAACAUCACUGGCUCAGAAUUCGGCUUUCCAACAUACAAAACAGUUGGGAAAAAGAAGCCCUAUAGUACCUACCCCAGCUCCUCCAGCUUACAACAGAAGCACAAUGAGCAGCUUCAUGACUGUAAGCAGGUUAGUCAGCUUAUUAGGAGAAAAUAGCUUUAUUCAGAAAAGAGAUUUCAAAUCAACAAAUGAGCAAGAUCAACUCUCUAGUCAUGCCAAUCCUCAGAAUCCCAUUGAUGUAAAUUCUGAAAACUCGAAGCUUGGGUCAUUAGAGGAGCCUAUCUUAGUAGAUGAAAUUAAAGAAUCAUCUUCAAACCCAGAAGAGAUCGUCACAUAACAGCUAAAUAAUUUAUUUUUCAACCUUGAU